AUGAAAAAGUUCUUUUCUUCAAUAAAAAAUGCUACAACUUAAUUUGCAAAAGGACUUUUUAAUUCAAAAGAAGAUAUUUAAUAAUAAGAAAAUAAAUAGGAUAUGACACCAGAAGAAUAAAUAUAACAAUGUAAUUUAAUUUUUAGAAAAUAGUUGAUGAUUACAUUAAAAGUUAUUUAGAUUCUCAUAAAGAAUUAAAAGCAAAAAUUUUGACAAAUCGAUUAAACUUUAAUAAUGCAGUACUUGAAUUGUCUUGGAGAAAACUAUUGGAUAUCAAAAAUCUAUACGCGAAUGAAAGAAGAAUUAAUUUCUAACCAAGAUUAGUUAUUUUAGAAUAAUAACAUUGGGAGAGAAUUGUGAUUUAAGUAGCUGAAUUAAUUUAAUCUUACUAUGAUAUUCAAACUUAUUAUGAUAAAUAAGAAUUAGUGAAAAUAGUAAAUAAAUAAUUAAAUUUAUAGAUCAAAUAAAAAGUUUUGGAGGAAUAAUGUAUUAAGAUUUUGUUUAGUAAAGAAGAAAUGAAAGAUUACUUCUAAUUUUAUGAAUAAUCAGAUGUAUUACUAUUGUAGUUGAAAUAAUAAUUUCCUUAACUUACCUUCGAAUAUUCUCAGUGUUAAAUAAAGGAAAUUUAGAAGUAAUAUUUAAUAGAUUAAGCUUUUGAAUUGUAUAAAUUUGACGAUUGUGAUGAAUUCAAGGGAAUUAAAUUAUUUCAUGAUGAUGAAGAAGUUUUAUAAUGGUUUAAGAGAAAACAAUCUGUUGCCCCUUGA